AUGGCGACGGGGAAGGGCUCGAGCGCCUGCCAGUCCGGCCAGACGGCGUUCGCGGCGCGCCUGCUCGGGCGCUUCGCGGCGGUGGCCGCGGCCGACGGCAGCAACCUCAUCUUCUCGCCGCUCUCCAUCCACAUCGCGCUCGCGCUGAUGUCCACCGGCGCCUCGGGGGACACCCUCGCCGAGAUCCUCGCCGUCGCGGGCGCGCCGUCCCGGGACGAGCUGCAGGCGUUCGUCAGGGACAGCGUGAUCGACCGCGUCCUCGCCGACCAGUCUGGCGCCGGCGGGCCCAUCGUGGCGUUCGCGUGCGGCGCUUGGAUGGACUGGAGGAUGCCUCUCAGGCCCGAGUACCGCGACACCAUCGUCAGUGCCUUCAAGGGAAGCGCAACAACCGUCGACUUCCUAGACAAGGUCAGUAGCACAUUCAUAUUUACUUGA